AUGUACAGCAGACUUUUCAUAUUUUUGUAUAUUGUGAAACUUACUCAUGAAUUACAAUGUUAUUCUUGUGUUGUACCAGAAGACGUGACUGAUUUCUCAAGAUUCUGUUCGAAGGAGGUGUAUUGCACCGGAAAAUAUUGUUACAAAGGCAUAAAUGAAUUGGAUAGUGGAUUCUAUCUCGGAUGUGUGGAUUCACCUCCAAUCGAUAAGAAAACUUCCGUUUGUAAAAAAGCUGAAAAUUCAAGAAUUCGCAUAAACUGCUAUUGCAAAAACAAUCAUUUCUGUAAUUCUUCCAAUAUUCGACCACUUUUAAACAUUUCAUUUAAUCUUUUUAUUGUUAUUAUCUUAUUUAUAUUAUUAUAG